CUCUUCCUGAUCACUAAUCAGAGGAAGAUGGUGUGUAGGGUGCUCUUCCCUGAUUGAAGCAGCAGCUGGAAGACAAAGAGGAUGGCAAUAAAAAAACUCUGGACAAUUAAGAAUAACAAGCAACAUUGGAAAAGGAAAGCAAACUGAGCCAGAAAUCAAAAUAUUUUCCAUUUCCUUCAGAAAACCACAAAAUUCUCCUCCUGCAGUAGCGGUUAGACAAAAGAGAGAGAAAAAAAGAAAGAUUUCAUACUAGAAUAAGUAGAUGAUUCAGAACUCAAGGAUGCCUUACAUGAAAAGUGAAGGGAGAUUAUUUUUCAUUCAUUAAAAGAGGGAAAUACCUGGAAGUCAGUGGAGGAAAAGGUGAGUAGGAAAGUCAGGUAGAGCAGAGAGCCAUGUAGGCCUCGCCCUGUGAGGAAGAAAAUGGAUUGAAUGAAAAUACCACUAAACAAGGGAUUGUCCAUAUUUUUAACUUCCUCAAGAAUAUCAGUUGUGGAAAAGCUCCGUACUUGUGUCUCUUGUUGUAAAAGCACAGAUUGCAAAUCACAACUGAUUAUGCAUAAGAGGAGCCAUACUGGAGAAAAGCCAUACAAAUCAUCUGAUUGUGGCAAAAGCUUUAGUCAGAACAGCUCCCUUGUGGUUCAUGGAAGGACCCACACAAGAGAAAAACCAUAAAAGCACUCCUAGUGCAGUAAAUGCUUUAGUGAGCAUGGCAACAUGGUGAUACAUCAGAGGAUUCACAGCAGGGAGAAAACCUAUGACUGUACUGAUUGUGUGAAAGUUUCAUUAGAAAUUCCCGUGUCAUGAGACACCAGAGGACUCACACAGGAGAGAAACACUUCCAAUGUCCUGAUUGUGGGAAAAGUUUCAGUAAGAAUUCCAGCCUUGUGAGACACCAGGGGAUUCACACAGGAGAGAAACACUUCCGAUGUCCUGAUUGUGGGAAAGGUUUCAGUCAGAAUUACAGCCUAGUGACACACCAGAGGACUCACACAGGGGAGAAACCCUUUGAAUGUACUGAUUGUGGGAAAGGUUUCAGUUUGAAUUGCAGCCUUGUGAUACAUCAGAGGACUCACACAGGAGAGAAACCCUUUGAAUGUCCUAUCUGUGGGAAAAGUUUCAGUUGCUAUUCCAGCCUGGUGAGACACCAGAGGACUCACACAGGAGAGAAACACUUCAAAUGCCCUGAUUGUGGGAAAAGUUUCAGUCACAGGUCCAGCCUUGUGAACCAUCAGAGUACUCACACAGGAGAGAAACCGUUUGACUGUCCUGAUUGUGAAAAAAGUUUCAGUCUGAAUUGCAAGCUCUUGAGUCACCAAAGGACUCACACAGGAGAGAAACCCUUUGAAUGUCCUAUCUGUGGAAAAAGUUUCAGUCUAAAUUCCAGCCUGGUGACACACCAGAGGACUCACACAGGAGAGAAACCCUUUGAAUGUGUUGACUGUGGGAAAAGUUUCACUGUCAGUUCCAACCUGGUGAGACACCAGAGGAUUCACACAGGAGAGAAACCUUUCGAAUGUCCUGAUUGUGGGAAAAGUUUCAGUCAGAAUUCCAGCCUUCUGACACACCAGAGGACUCACACAAGAGAGAAACUCUUUGAAUGUCCUAUCUGUGGGAAAGGUUUCAAUGUGAAUUCCAGCUUGGUGAAACACCAGAGGAUUCACACAGGGGAGAAAUCUUUCAAAUGUUCUGUCUGUGGACGAUACUUCACUCAUAAAUCAUCCCUUAUUGCACACAAGGAAAUCCACAUGAGGCAAAACUUGAAGAAUUUAGAAAAGGCUUGAAAUUCAUUUGUGAUCUCCCAAUGAAACUGUAGUUGAGAAAUUGACUAUUUGAAUUGUGCUCUGAAUCUUUUUACUCAAACAUGUCUCAGGACUAGACUUGUAGGUGGAGAGAAAAGGAAAAUGAGAAAAUUUUUAUAAAAUGUUUUAUAGAUGGCAUUUUGAUCCCCAAAAGUUGUCCUGCAUGUAUCCUAAUUUACAGUCCAAAUGUUGGAGAUGUGGAAGCUUAGA